GACAAGGAAACAAGCAUAUCAGGAACCGCUUUUUCUUUACCUUGUUUCAGGCAGGAUAUAGCACCUCGGAAUAUAUAAUCAGAAUAUAAUGCAUUAAGGGUCACUCUACACGGCAUGUCUCCAGUGACAGGCGCAAGACUCGACAUGGACUAGGUGUUAUUCUCGCCAAUCAUGAUGGUUCACCACGCAUUUGUUGCUAAAAACAUUUACAGGAAAUCGCGAAUAUGAAUCGAAACUGGGUGGUGUGUAUUUUUUGUGUAUUCUGGAGUUCCGUGGGACUGUCUCUUUCAGAUGGAUGUUGGAAAUUACCAACCAGUCCGAGCGUACUGGAGACGGAUCCACCUGGUACCGCGAUAUUCCGACUGAACGUCACAGAGAACGUGACCUAUACCCUGAUGUCGGUGGAGCCGUCAUACAUGAUGGACUAUCUGAUCUGGUAUCGCAACACCACCGACGGCCAGUACGUCAUGGAAGUGAACAUCACCCUCGACCUGGAAGACAUACGGGACAAGCAUGGUUCGGUUUCUGGUUUGAUGACUAUUCACAUGCAGUGCAUCGACGAACAAUCCUCGAAAACAACUCUUGAAGGAGUCAUCGUAAUACGGGAAGUCAAUGAAUUUACACCAGCAUUUGUGAACGCACCUUAUUCCCUCAACGUUAGUGAGUUGGACGGACGAGGGAUGUUCUACAUGCCCAGGACACAGAACGGCGUGAUACGGAUACAGAGAAGUCUGGAUUUUGAGAUGAUGGCACCGGGCUUCAACUACUACUUUGUAAACGUCACGGUGGUGGACAGUGGUUCUCGUAUGAACCACACAUGGAUCAAGAUCACGAUUCUUGACGCUGAUGAUCAGGAUCCCGAGUUCUACACACCUGACUGUCCUCGCAAAUGCUACACGUCAUAUGACACUGACAUUGAGGACAGCUUUACGGGUCCACUGAAUAAUAUCAGUCCCCAUAGGAUCCUGGCUAGGGACAGAGACACGCUCAAUUAUUCAAUUGACUUCUUCUUAAAAGGAGGUAACCCACAAACAGCGAAUGACUAUUUUACAAUAGACAGAACCACCGGAGUCGUAACUGUGACCCGGGCACUGAAAACUGUCGACCAAUCAAUAGCCGCCAUAACGUUGUUCAUCGAGGCUCAAGAAGUAUCUGCUUCAAAGAGAGCCACAACCACUACACUGCGAGUUGGCAUCAUCGGCAGAUCCACUACGCCAUCUCCGGACACCACAGCAAAAGCUCCACUAGCUGCUGCCGACAGCCCCACCCUCCUGAUCGUCCUCAUCGUCGUCGCCGCGGUCUUCUUCCUCAUCAUAUGCUCCAUGAUCAUCAGCCUCGUCUACGUGAGGAAGAAGUACAGGCGUCCGAUAGCGCCCGAGGACACACCUUCAGUCAGCGAGGCUUCCACGGAUCUCGACGAGCUAUCCAUCGACCAGUGGCCCGUGCCGUACAACAACAGCAAGAUGGAGACGUUCGGAACCCAGUUCGACAAGUCGAUUCUCAAGGACACGGCCACGGAGACGGACAUACAGACGGCGAAGAAACGGAGGUCGAGGAUUCGGAACAAGAACAAAGACCCCGGCGUGUUCGACGGAACCAAGGAGUAUGACGGUGUCGCCGAUCCCGGGUUCUUCACACAGAAGGAUAAGACCAAGAUCAAACUGUCCUCUCGUAGUCGGGAUCAUAAUACAGACCCGAAGUACUGGAUAACCGUAGACAAUGACUAUUAGGCUGGCAAUUCAAUUUGUCUGUAAACCGUAUCCGUAAAUAAUAAGGAAAAGAGAUACGCAUACAGGUAUGGCAGGGGAUCACAAUACAGACCUGAAAUACUGGAAAACCGUAGACAAUGAUUAUUAGCCUGGAAAUUCAAUUUGUCUGUAAACCGUAUCCGUAUACGUAAUUAAUAAUGCAGAGAUGUACAAACGCGUAUGGCGGGGUCACAAUACAGACCCGGAAUACUGGAUAACCGUGGAGAAUGAUUAUUAGGCGGAGAUUCCAUUUGUCUUAAAACCAUAUCUGUAUACGUUAUUAAUAUUGAAAAAAGAUACGCAAACGCAUAUGGCGGGAUCACAAUACAGACCCGAAAUACUGGAUAACCGUAGACAAUGAUUAUUAGGCGAAAAAUUCAAUUUGUCUGUAAACCGUAUACGUAUAUGUAUACAUAAUUAACAAUGAAAAGAGAAACGCACGUAUCGAAUCUUCUCGACCUACAUGCAUACAUUGUCAUUGCUACGGAUUACGCAUUGCGGAUUACGAAUACGCAUACGGUUGAUGCAUUGGGAUUACGAAUACGUAUACAGAUUACGGGCAGAUGGAUUAUACGUCUUAGCAUGUGGAGACUGGGGACCAUCUUCUCUAGCCAUGCGAAUUAUGUUAUUUCAAGUAUAAUAAUGUGUUUAUUAAUUAGAGAUCUCAAUACAAGUGGAUAUAACGCUAUGUAUGUUUCGAUGAAUCUACCAGAUAAUUACUUUCUUUAGACCUGAUGCUGAAAAAGUAAAACGUCCAUGCACACCGGCGUUGCGUGUCAGCAGGCUACAAAAUGAUUCCUUUCAUUUCGAUUUAUGUUCAAGCUUAUAUUCAGUUUAAGUUCAAACACACUCCGCAACUAUCAGGGAUGCCUAUCCAAGAAGAAGGAUAAUGGUUAGUUGUUAGUGCGUUAGUACCGAGAGACGUCUGUAUAGAGUUAGCUCUCCCUCGCUCUGGGUACGAACUCAGUGCCUACCAGCCUCAGGCCGAUGGCUUAAGCACAACACCACCAAGGCAGGUUAAAAGAUUAAUAUGAGUGUUGGUGUGGAUCAUUUGAGGCAUGCUCCCUUCACAUAACUGUUUAACGAAUCAAGCACGCGUGCUGCGGACACGAUCUCUGACUUCUCCAGAGUUCUGUUGAGGAUAGAGAAAGGAAUUGCUUCAAUGACUUGUGCUUUAUAUAGAACCAGACAGUUCUGAUCGAACCAAUUUAUAGUACGUCCCAUCAUUCUAUAAAAAUAUUCUUGGUAAAUAAUGUCAGUUUGGUUUGACGCCAGAAACGUAAAAGUGUUUUGAAAAUAACAACAAAUAUACUAUUUUGUGUGCAAUUUACAAAUCAUUCGGCUCAGAUAUAAAUAACUUGUAGUAAAUUUCAUAGUAUGAUAAAAGGCCCUCCCUGUGAGACGGACUAUAGAUAUUCAUCACUGUAAAUGUCUGCGUCGGUCGAGAGGUUAAUAGUAAUAUUGAAGACAUUCAAAUGUCAUGCCGAUGGGUACAGUAGGUGGAAUACUCUCUGUAUGUGUGAGCACCACUGACACAUCAUUGUCGUCAUAUUGUCUCGACACAGAUGAUGCAUAGCACAAGUGCGUCAUGGAAUAACAUCAUCUUCAUGUUAUAUAUUAACAUUUAAAAAUUAAUUUACCCCUCAGAAGAAAUAAAAUGUGCUAUUAAAUAUAAAUGAAUUGAACCAACGAUCGAACAAAGCAUCAAUAUUCACAAAGAGUCCUUGUUGGCUUUAAGAAAACAAAACAAAAAAACAACAACACAUGUUGCCAGUCUACGUUUAAUCCAUUUUUCUAUGAAGGACAUCUCAAGGUUGUAUAUGAUCAUUCUGUUUAUAAAGGCUUAUGUCUUAAGGUAGUAUAUGAUCAUUCUGUUUAUAAAGGGUGUAUGUCUUAAGACUUAUGGAUUGAGGCCAUUUGUUCGUAAUAAGCAACAAUAUUUAGGUAUAUGUUAUGUCCUUUUAUAGAUACUUCCUGCAAUAACAAAAUGUAAUAAUGAAACCUACAGUAGACGAACAAGUCUACUCGGAAACAUGUAAGGGAGUAAUGUACGAUACGGUGGCAAGCUAGCAGUAUGUUACGUAACUCAGGAAUAUACAUACGACUUGAAAAACAAUCAUUCUCUGAAACUCGUCAUGCUGUUGCAGAUGCGAGACAGUAAUUCGGUGACUCAUCAAAGCUUAGAUACUGUGGUUUUUAUAUUAUUGUGUUGUGUUAGUAACGUCUUGUGUUGCGUCUGUGCGAUUUGUAAUGCAUAUUUAUAAAACUUUGCUAUGCAUGUUAUGUAUAGCAUUUGGGAAUUAUAAAGAUAUAUGAAAUACAGUGAAACCCUUCUAAACUGGACACCCAUUGGGAACAAGAUAAUUGUCCGGUAGUUAGAGGGAUCCGGAUUAGGGAGGUUACAUUAUGUACUUCUUCUUUUUUUUAAAGGACUCUGUAAAAGGUCCGGUUUUGAGGGAAUUCCGGUUUACAGAAGAUCCGGUCUUGAGAGGUUUCUCUGUAGUAACAUUUGUAUCAGUUGGAUGGUGGGGAGGGGAUUUGGUCGAUGUUUUUUUUACACGAUCAGCGAUACCACAUAAAGGCGACUCCACACGACACAAGUGCCUUGUACCAGAAUCACCACGAGAAUAACCGAUUGUAUAGCAACUAAUGUUUAAACUGUCAAUCGGCUAUGUUCGUAUGGGACACUCGUAUCGUGUGACGUCGCCUUAACACACUUAUUUAAAUUUAAUUUACAAAACAAAACAAAUCAGCUUAAUAUUUUCGAUUAAUUACUAAAUGAAUUAUUUAUGCUCGUAAUCUAUCCAAUAGUAGAUAUAUAGUACGAUAUUGUUUAUCUAAAACGAAAUGUAUUUCGUGUCUUUGUGUAUAACAAGCCUUACGCUAUGGGGAACAUAGUAUAAAUAUGUACAUUAACUUCCGUCCACCAGAGUUUUAAUGUGUAUAUUUUGUAUAUUUAUUACUUAGAUAAGAAACCCGUGUUGUUGGCUGUGUAUGUAGCAUUGAAAUAGUAAUUAACUUAUUUUUCUUGAUUGAAUAAAUGUUUUUGUCUAUU